AUGCCGGCGCCUGACAAGGAACCGGAUACCCUGCCACUCCUACUGGAAGCAAUUAAUAACCAACCUAUCCACCGCCUGGAGGGUAUUCUCCAGGACAUAGUCAAGCACAGCGCAGAAGGCCGUAAAAUCGCUUCAAAAUGGCUACUAACAGCAAAAAAUGAUGUGAAAUCCGAGUCAGUUGUUCCACCCUCCUGCGCUACUCCUGUCACUUCUUCCUUCCGGGAUGAGGAAGAGUCCAUCUCGGAGCCUAAAGCCAGUAUGCCAAUGACAUCCCGCUUCGAAAAUUGCGUUUACUGCCUGGAGGAUUUUGAAGUCACUCAAAACUCGGAGAAAAGCUGUCAAUAUCAUCUUGAGCCUGACGUGGUCGACGAGGAAUAUUUCAAGGACGAGAUUGCCGCAGGGAUUGACGUUGACAAUGAUGAAUAUCGCGAGGCUUGGCCGCACAAGUUUUUCUACCCUUGCUGUGGAAUGGACUUGACUGAGGGCAUGUGUCAGGUUGGUUGGCACAAGGCUGCGGACCCGGAUGAUCGUCCUCGCAAGCGAACUAGUAGCGAUUUCUAG